CACCGCUUGCCAUCCCUACCUAAAACGAGGGAGUAGCAAAUUACACCCCUACAGCUCUUUACUCUUCCUGUCUUCGUUCUUGGUUUCUAUAAUACACUCUACUUCUCCAAAAGAAAAACGCAAUUGUUCCUCGGAGAUGGUUUCAUACAAUAAGCUUUCCGCUUGUUGUAUAUCUCACGAGUUCUACAAAGUUGCUACAAUCAACCCCAAUAAAAUUGCAGUGAUUCAAGCUUGUGGGGGUGUCAAAAUCGCCAAAGAAUUUCAACUCUUUUGCAGCGAAAACGGUGACGGAGAAACACGCGAGAAGUUUGAAGAGUUUGUAUCUUCCAAGACGACGUCGGUUAAUCCCCCGGUUUACGAAGGUGAUGAGUGCUUCACGUAUUCCGAUGUUCUGUCCGCCGUUGAUUCUCUCAGUUCACGGCUCCGUUGCAUUCUUGACGGUGGCGAUGACCCUAAUCUUCUGAAACCCUCUUCAGUAGUUAAUAUGCAUCAUACUGCAAAUAACUGCAGUUCUAAGGGCCAGUCAAUCUUGGGGUCUUCUGAUCAAGGUUUAGAGCAGUAUAAACAGCUCCAUAAAACAUAUUGCCCUAGAAUAGUUGGAAUAUAUAUGGAACCUUCAGUUGAGUACAUUGUUGCUGUUCUAUCCGUUUUGAGGUGCGGAGAAGCAUUUCUGCCUUUAGAUCCAUCUUGGCCAAACGAAAGGGUACAAUUGGUAAUAUCUUCUUCAAAAGCUAGUCUUAUUGUGGGCUAUGGAUCUUCUGUUGGUGGAACUUGUCAUCAGCUUGACAAAUUACAAUGGCUCAUUGAUAAAGGCAGUUAUCCUGUCUUUUAUAUGUCAAUGGAGGAUUUCAUCCCAAAAAAAUCUGAUUUGUUGUUAGGCUGGCCUUGUGAAAGUGAAAGGUUGAGAUCGUUCUGCUACUUGAUGUACACAUCUGGAUCGACUGGAAAACCUAAGGGUGUAUGUGGCACUGAAGUAGGUCUUCUGAAUCGCUUUUUGUGGAUGCAAGAAUCAUAUCCCUUUCAAAAAGAAGAAAUCCUUUUUUUCAAAGCAUCAAUAAGCUUCAUUGACCAUUUGCAAGAAUUUUUAGGAGCUAUGCUUGCUAAUUGUACGUUGGUCAUACCUCCUUUCAAUCAGCUGAAGGACACAAUAUUUUGUGUAGUCAAUCUUUUACAGGAAUAUUCUAUUAGCAGGCUCGUGGCAGUUCCAUCUCUUAUAAGGGCGUUUCUUCCAGCUCUGCAGAGCAUAUAUUAUUCUACAGUUCAGAUUCCAUUAAAACUUCUGGUACUAAGUGGUGAAGUUUUUGAUAUAUCGCUGUGGAAGAUGCUUGUCAAGUUGCUGCCCCAGACUUCUAUUCUUAAUAUAUAUGGAAGUACAGAGGUUUCUGGUGACUGCACAUAUUUUGACUGCAAGUGGUUGCCCCCAAUGUUGGAGCAAGAUGCACCGGGUAGUGUUCCAAUAGGCAUUCCCAUUGGAAAUUGUGAUGUGGUUCUUGUUGGGGAAAAUUCUCCCUAUGAGGGUGAGAUAUGUGUCAGUGGAAGUUGUGUUGCUGCUGGAUACUUUUGUCAUCCUUCUAUUUUCCCAUUGGAUAACGUUGAGCUACAUCAAGAGGUAGCUGAUGCUGAGAACGAUAAAAAUGAAGUGAACUGUUACUUUAGAACUGGAGAUUUUGGCAGAAAACUUUCAAAUGGUAACCUGGUGUGUAUCGGGAGAAAAGACCGCUCUGUAAAGAUCAGUGGGCAGCGUAUUGCUUUAGAGGAGGUUGAAAGCGUUUUGAGGGAACACCAAGAAGUAGUUGAUGCUGCUGUAGUUUCUCGUUGUGUUCAAGGAGAUAUUUUACUUCUUGAAGCAUAUGUACUGCUCAAACAAAAGGAAAGCAACCUUGAGUUCUUCAGGUCCUCAAUUAGAUGCUGGAUAGCCAGCAAACUUCCCCUGAUAAUGGUUCCUACUCGUUUCUACUUUGUUGAAUCUUUUCCUAUGUCUUCCUCAGGGAAAGUGGAUUACAAGAACUUGGCCACUUUAGCUGCUUCUGAGGCAGGUAGCCGUAUUGAGAUUGAAGAGACUCAAGAUAUCGAUCUCAUUAAUGUUAUACAGAAGGCUUUUUCUGAUGGUCUGAUGGUUGUUGACAAGAUUUCCCUUGAUGAUAACUUCUUUGAGAUGGGUGGCAAUUCUCUAUCAGCAGCUUAUGUCUCCUAUAAUCUAGGAAUUAAUAUGAAGGACUUGUAUACUUUUCCAACUCCUUUGAAACUUCAGAAGGCCAUUCUACAUAAAAAAGUGUCCUCUAGCCGUGAGCUUAGAGCUGAUGCUUUAGUUGGAGUGAACUCGCAAGUUCAAGAAAAAAGCAAGCUUCCUUCUAAUAAAUCUUGGAUGCCCGAUCUUGAUAGCAGUAUCUCUUUGAGUUUGACAAGUGAUUACCCCAUUAAAUGUUUGAAAACGGAUUCAGAUUUGUAUAUUGAUCCCUAUGAUUUUAAUGGAAGAGAUAUGAAUAAUUCAACUAUGACAAAGGUUUCAUGUUCCUACAGCCGGUGCAACAAAGUAAGGCAUGACGCCAGAUGUGAGGGUUACCAUUGCCGAUCCGUGUUAUCUUGGGAAGUUCCACGUGAUAAAAGAGGUCUCAUGCGAGAACGGUGGAUGGUCUACAUGGAGUCUUGUGUUGAUGCAUCACCACUAGUUGUAUUUAAAGAAAGAAGUGCUUAUCUGUUUGUCGGAGCUCACUCCCACAAAUUCUUGUGCAUUGAUGCAACAAGUGGUCUUGUUUUGUGGGAGAUCAAAUUAGAAGGACGUGUUGAGAGUUCAGCAGCAGUUCUACAUGACUUUUCUCAGGUUGUUAUUGGAUGUUAUGAUGGAAAUAUUUAUUUUCUGAAUUUUUCAAAUGGCAUCCCUUGUUGGAAUUUUCAAACACAUGGAGAGGUUAAAUCGCAGCCAGUUGUUGACAAAGAGAGGCACUUGGUCUGGUGUGGAUCGCACGACCAUAAUCUCUAUGCCCUUGAUUAUGAGAAUCAGUGUUGUGUUUACAAAAUCCGAUGUGGUGGUAGCAUAUUUGGUGCACCUGCACUUGAUGAGGUGCAUGAAAAGCUCUAUGUGGCAUCCACUAGUGGCAGAGUAACAGCUUUAUUUGUCAGGGCUCUUCCAUUUUAUCAAAUAUGGGUACAAGAAUUGGGAGUUCCUAUUUUUGGGUCACUUUCAAUCAACCCUUCAUCUGGAAAUGUUAUAUGUUGCACGGUGGAUGGAAGUGUUGUUUCGCUGGGCACUGAGGGAUCUGUCAUCUGGAAGGUAGAACAAUAUUAAUUUCCUUGAACUCCACACGUUCCCUCUUGUUACGUGGAUAUAAGGAGGAUCAUUUUUUUUUUUGUGGUGAAACUGAACUA